GGAUCGCCCUUCCGAUGGAACGUGGGCGCGUCACCCGCGCUCUAUAACCGGGAGUCGGGAUUAAUCCGAGUCCGAAUACCGUCUCAUUACAGCUCCUCUCCACCAGAUCAGCACCGGCAUUCAGCCAAGACCAUGACCAUAACACCCCCCCAAUCCCGUUCACCCAGAUCGCACCCUUUGACCAUUGGAUGUCCAAGCCCGCUGACCUGGGCUUCUCAACACCGCUCUUCUGAAUAAUUCUAGUGGGCUAGUGACCAACUGCUCUGUCUGUUUCAGGCGACCGGACUUCGUGAAGCUUUCUCCUUGCGGUUGCAUCUCCGAUUCCAUCUGUCGGGUGUGAAUGCAGAUCCAAAUCCGCAGCUAUGGCGCCGCCCGAUCUAAGCACGUCUGAAGGGACUCCAGCGGGAUACGGCAGGUCGUGCACCAACUGUUCGCGCGCCAAGUGCAAAUGCAUUUUGAGACCUGAAACCGGCGAAUGCGAGCGUUGUCAUCGGCUGGGCAAGAGUUGCCAGCCGAUGACGACAUCGCGAAAGCGCGUGGCAAAGAAGGCCACAGCUUCGAGGACAGCUCAGCUGGAGGAGAAGCUCGACGACUUGGUAUCGAUUCUACGCGCAACUCAGUCUACCAAUCAACAAACUCCCUCGUCAUCGACAACGCCUUCGUUCGCCUCCUCCUCGAUGGCUCUUACCAGCCGUCUGGACUCUUUAGCAGCUGCGGCGACUUCGUCCACAAGCCAGAGUAUGUCGUCCGCCAUGCCGCAUGCCUUUUGCCACACCAACUCAGCGGAGCCAGUAUCAAUGAAUUCGGCUUCGCCGGACAUCAAUGAAACCUACCAAUUACCAGAGCCAACUCCUGCCGAGGCAGAGAUUUACCUCGACAAAUUCCGGGACUGGUUAAAGAACUUCCCCUUCAUGAUCAUUCCUCCUGACACCACGGCGGCAUCUUUGCGCGAGGAACGCCCUUUUCUCUGGCUAUGUAUCAUGAAUAUCACAUCCAUGUCUGCGCCACAGCAGCUCCUUAUGAAGGAGAGAGUACGCGAGCAAAUCGCAACCAGGAUAGUUGUCAACCAUGAGAGAACAAUGGACGUACUCCUUGGUCUCAUUGCCUACCUGGCUUGGGCGACUAUGACUUCGGGACCUGGCACACGGCCUUUCAUUAUUACAUAUGCACAGCUAGCCAUUGCCGUCAUCUAUGACCUCAGCUUAACCAGAGCGCCGAUCGAGGAACAAUACUUUACCGUCUGCUUUAAGGUCUGGGGAGGGCGUCCUCCUGCGCCUCGGUUACGAACUAUGGAGGAACGAAGAGCUGUGCUAGCCCUCUGGUUCCUAACCUCCGUCAUGACCUCCUUCAUUGGCAAAAUGGACACCCUUCGCUGGACCCCACACAUGGAAGAUUGUCUAAAGGUCCUGGAAAGAGACCGAGAGCACCCGUCAGACGAGGUCUUUGUGGCGUUCGUCAAGUACCAACUAGUAGCCGAAGAAGCCCAGAAACUACUAGUGCGAGAUGUCAUGGGCGAAUCAUCGCAAACACCAACAUACAUCUUCAAGAAGGGAAUGCUUGCUAAUUUGCAAGAGAUCCACGACACUCUUUCCCCAAAUCUCCUCUCAAAUAAUACAGUGGUGUUGCAAUCACACAUGAUCGGCGCCGAGGUGCAAGUCCUCUCCGUUGGCCUUUUUAUGCAAUCCAUUCCAGCUCGUCAGCGCAUCGAAAGCAUGUACUCCUGCCUCAAGGCCGUACGUGCCUGGUACGAUAACUUCCUAUCCAUGCCACUCAAUGAGGUACCAGGAUCGCCAUUCUCAGUAUACGUCCAGUUGUCGCAGGUCCAGGUAGCCCUUUACAGGCUCACCACUUCAGAGGAUCCGGCAUGGGACAAGGAUCUAGUGCGAAACACCGCUGAUCUGCUGCUGUUACUUGACCAAACUAUCGAUAUGUUUGUCAGGUUAGAUGGAGUCUACCAUCUGAAAGCCGCCGAAGGCGAAGAAACUAUUUACGUCAAAGGUGCCAAAAUCAUGCGAAACAUUCGGACGUCAUGGGAGCCCGCGAUUUCACGGCAUCUGGGGGGCAUUCCAACGCCAAAUAGCCAAGGCAUGGCCAAUCCUCAGCCAAUGGAUGUGGGAGAUACGACUCCGGCCGCAUUCAACUUGCCGGACCCCAGCGCCGUGGAUUUCAGCGACUUGACGUGGAUGACGGACGUCUUUGGACCCUGGGAAUUCUAGCUGUCGGAAGCUUCAAUAACCACCGGUCCUCCAGGACAUGAAGCUGACAGAUAAACCCUCCGGCUAUCAGGCCAUGAUUGGU